GAUUAACCAUUGGAAAUGUGUUAAUUGAUUGUUUGGAUUGACGCAUUUUCAUUGACAAUGUUUAACUGUUUAAUUGUUAUUUGUAUUGUCAGUUGAAUCAGUGAGCUAAUCAGCUAAUUUCAUACUCAGAUCGGGCCAAAAUGUAGACAUGAAAUGUGUUUAUUUUUAGAUUGAAUUUUCUCAUCUAUUGAAUCAACAGCAAGAACUUGUUCAAUGUAAGAAUAGAUUUACUAGGUUUUAGUUAAUCUAUUUUAAGACGAUUCAAGUUUAAAAAUACAACAGAUGAUGGCAACGACUCUAACAGACUCAAUUUGGAGACUUUCCCUUUCAACGGUUAAACUGGCUGAGAUAAAGCUAACGGUUACGAUUUUACCAUGUUUUCAUUUGUUUUGUGAUUUAAUUUGAAUUAUUGUUACAUUUUUAAUUUCAAUUUAAUGAUAUUUAUACCUACUUACAUUAUACAAUUAUAUGGAGAUUCAUUUAUAGCCAGUUAAUCAUGUGUUUCAUCUCUUUUGGCCCUUCCUUGGCAAAUUUAUUUUCAUCAAUAUUUUCAACUGAAUAACCGUAUUUUCAAUUUUUACGCAUUAUUUUAACAACUGAACUGCGAAUUGAAUUUAUGCUCUUAUUAUGACUAAAUUGAGUGAUUCAAUAAAACCAUUUCUCAAAUAUCGCCAAAACACCCGCAAGAUUAACAAAUUGGAUGAUAAUGAAAAAUCUAAUACAAAAUUCAUUGCCACUUCAACUAGUUUAUCUCAUGUGACGAUUAUGAUACUGUUAACACUAUGCCGUAAAUCAACAAUUGCAAUAUCAAUGGAAAAACGUCUUUUUGUAUAUUCUUGUUUAAUCUUUUUUGGUGGCAUCAUUUGUGAUUUUGCACCCAUUUUAAUUCGUGCAUUUGUACCUUUCAAGGCAACCAAGGAUGGAUAUCUUAAUCAAUAUUUAGUUUAUCUUGUUUGGUGGUGGACAUUGCUACUUUUAAUCCCAUUCCUGUUUUUAACAACUAUCAUUGUACAAUUAAAUCCAAGUCAACAAGAAGAACAGCAGCUUGAAGAAUGGAUUGAAAGAUCAGCUUCUGGUAGCAUCUUGGAAUGGAUGUAUCGUUAUGACAAACUUACAACCACUAAAAAGAUCAGUAUGAUGUUUCAAAGCGGCUCAAUUGUUCGAUUGAUAAUGAAUAUGACAUUUAUUUUUGGCUCAUUAUUACUGUUUAACCGUGUCAUGGAAGCUACAGGAAGCUGUUCUGUUGAAAUGUUAAAAUCAGAAGAAGCUUGUCUUCGCUUAGGCCAUCGUUGGUCUGGCUUCGCGAUCGAUGAAAAGAUAUUUCAAUUAAUAAUUGCUAACAUGAUCAUACUGGAAGAGUGUACACUGAUGAAAGGCUGGGAACCUUUUGGUGAACAAUUAACCAUUAAACGAAAAGUUUACCUUAGACAAUGUAAAAUUGAUUUUAAUCAGGCAAUGCUAUUUGAUCAACUUAAUGGCUACAUCCGAUGUCUUUUCAUUGCGCUAACACUGCUAAGCUUUGCAUUGGACUUCAUGAUAUUCCAAUAUGCCGUCAAUUAUCCAACAAUGGUUUCGAAAGCAGCAGCCUACGGUUGGGCAUUAGUUUUAUACUAUUCAACUUAUCGAUUCAUAUAUAAAUCAGCAUUUUUUACACAUUUUACUGAAUCAUCCAAGAAGACGAAAUGAAAAUAUCUUAUUGAAUCCUAUUUCUCAUAGAACACCAAUUAGAUAGUAAAUUGCGAAUCUCAUGCGAAAUUUAGCCCAAAUUUUCGCAAUAAAAAAACGUAAAUCCAAUUACGAUAAAAAUUUAUUAACUUCAUCAAAAUAACAAUGUUUAACAAAACUCA